AUGGUAGUGCCUACAGAAGCGUAUGAUGAUAUUAUUAGCUUGGAAAGACAACCUAUUAGAGUAGGUAUGAUUGGUUUGCAUUCUCAAAGUGGUUGGGCUAUUAAAUCCCAUUAUCCAGCCAUCAUGCAGCUGUCUAUGUGUUUCAAGAUUACUGCAUUGUACAAUAAAUCCAUUAAUCAAUCAAUGGAAACUAUAAAGGAUUUACGGUUGAAGGAUGCCGUGGCAUAUCCUGAUUUGGAAUCCUUCGUGUCGAAUUCAGAGGUUGAAAUGAUCGUUGUAUCGACUCAUGUGGUGAAACACUAUGAUCUUCUAAUACCUAUCUUACAAUACGCCACGAAAAACAGUCAUUUGAAAUAUUUAUUUGUGGAAUGGGCAUUAGGUUGUUCAAUAAGUCAAGCAGAAUUGAUUUAUAAUGAAGCAGCUAAAAUCGGUAUUCAAACAAUCAUUUGUUUACAAGGUAGAAAAUCACCUUAUAUACUCAGAGCCAAAGAAUUGAUUAAUGAAGGUGCCCUUGGUGAACUGAAUUCUAUAGAGAUUAUGGGUAAUGGUGGUUGGUACGGGUAUGAUAGACCUAUCAAAUCCCCGGCUCAUAUCUAUGAAUUAGGUUAUGGUGUAGAUUUGGUUACAUCUACUUUUGCUCAUACUAUUGACAUAUUACAAUACAUUACGAGCUCAUAUUUCUCAAAAGUUAAUGCUAUGGUUUUCAAUAAUAUUCCAGAACAAUAUGUCGUUGAUGAAAAUGGUAUACCCACAGGUCAGAAAUUACCUAAAAACGUUCCUGAUCAUCUAUUAUUUCAAGGCACUUUACAAAGCGGUAAUAUUCCCGUAUCAUGCAGUAUUAAAGGUGGUAAACCUACUAAAAAAUUCACUAAAAAUUUAGUCAUUGAUAUUCAUGGUACAAAAGGUGAUAUUAAAAUCGAAGGUGAUGCGGGGUUCAUUGAAAUGUCAAAUUUAGUGUUAUAUUAUAGUGGUGUUAAGAUAAAUAAUGUUCCCACAAAUGAUACCCCAAUUUCAAACUCUAAUCAAAAUGAAGUGAUGGAAGUUCAUCAUUUAAGAAAUUACAAUGGUGUCUUGGGAAAUAUCUUUAGAUUAUAUCAAGCUAUUGCAGAUUUCCAUUAUAGUCCUAAUGGUGGGUUCAAAACGGGCAAGAUUACACCUUUCCAAUAUCAAGGAUUUGAAUUCAAUGGGUUCCCAACUAUGUUGGAUGCAUUACUUCUGCAUCGACUCAUUGAUAACGUUUACAAGAGUGAUUCAUAUAAUUCGACGCUGGACGUCAGUAACAUUUACACACAUCCAUAA